ACACACACACACACACACACACACACACACACACCCCCCGAGUCCUUGGCCCUGCCUGCCUAUAUCUCUGUGCACAGCCUCUUACGAUACUGGUCUUUCCGUUGUUACCUUUUUCAGGUGCGUCACACUGACCUGAACCAGGCUCCAGAACCAGGCUGAAGAUCGCCACAUCCCAGUCGUGCUGCAGCUGUGGAGGAUGGCCACCUCGAAGCUCCUGUGUCGACUAGAGAGGGUGUGCACACAUCUGCGCCCAGGCUGCAGAGUGAGCCUGGCCGCCGCGCACUCUGUGCAGAAGGGGAAGGUCAGCGUCCAGUCUACUGGCGUCAGGUGUCUCGUACCACAGAUCGCCACCCGUCUCCUUUCCAGCUCAGCUGCCAGAGCAGCAAAGUUCUACAGUGAUCCUACAGAGGCGGUUAAGGACAUCCGGGAUGGAUCCACACUGCUGGUGGGAGGGUUUGGUCUCUGUGGCAUCCCAGAGAACCUGAUCGGCAGCUUGCUGAAGACUGGGGUGAAGCAGCUCACAGCCGUGAGCAACAAUGCUGGGGUGGACAACUUUGGACUGGGACUACUGUUGAAGACCAAGCAGAUCAAGCGCAUGGUGUCCUCCUACGUAGGGGAGAAUGUUGAGUUCGAAAGGCAGUACCUGGCUGGGGAGCUCGAGGUGGAGCUCACGCCCCAGGGCACCCUAGCAGAGAGGAUCCGGGCAGGAGGAGCGGGCAUCCCAGCCUUUUUCACAGCCACGGGCUACGGCACGCUCAUCCAGGAGGGAGGCUCGCCCAUCAAGUACAACAAGGACGGCAGCGUGGCCAUUGCCAGCGAGAAGAGAGAGGUCCGCGAGUUCAACGGGCAGCACUACGUCAUGGAGAGGGCCAUCACCGGUGACUUCUCCCUCAUCAAAGCCUGGAAGGCAGACAGAGCUGGAAACAUUGUCUUUAGGAAGACGGCGAGGAACUUCAACCAGCCCAUGUGCAAAGCAGCCAAGGUGACCAUUGUUGAGGUGGAAGAGGUGGUGGAUGUUGGGACGUUCGCCCCAGAAGACAUCCACGUACCCAGCAUCUAUGUGGACCGCAUUGUGAAGGGGACCAGCUAUGAGAAGAGGAUCGAGAAGCGCACGGUGCAGAAGAAGGAGGAGAAGCCCAAGCCCAAGAAGGAGUCGGACCUACUCCGGGAGCGAAUCAUCCGGCGGGCGGCGCUCGAGUUUGAAGAUGGAAUGUAUGCCAACCUGGGAAUCGGGAUCCCGAUGUUGGCCAGUAACUUUAUCAGCCCUGAGAUCACAGUGCACCUGCAGAGUGAGAAUGGCAUUAUGGGAUUGGGUCCUUACCCCACAGAAAACCAGGUGGAUGCAGAUCUCAUCAAUGCUGGUAAAGAGACAGUCACAGUGCUCCCCGGAUCUGCCUACUUCUCCAGCGAUGAGUCCUUUGCCAUGAUCAGGGGAGGACACGUCAACCUGACCAUGCUGGGGGCCAUGCAGGUGUCUCGCUACGGUGACCUGGCCAACUGGAUGAUCCCGGGAAAGAUGGUGAAGGGAAUGGGUGGGGCCAUGGACCUCGUGGCCAGUGCUGGAACCAAAGUGGUCGUCACCAUGGAGCACUCCGCCAAGGGCGGCAAGCACAAAAUCCUGGAGAAAUGCAUCUUGCCGCUCACGGGGAAGCAGUGCGUGGACAGGAUCAUCACGGAGAAGGCUGUCUUCGAUGUGGACAAGAAGAAGGGCCUCACCCUCAUCGAGCUUUGGGAGGGGAUAACGGUGGACGAUAUCAGGAAGUGCACUGGUGCAGAGUUUGAUGUGUCUCCAAACCUGGAGCCGAUGAAGCAAAUCUGAAAUUUCUAGAAGCCCGCCGGGUGUAACGCUGUGCACAAUGAUUGCAAGGUGACAUAGGGUUAUUAAAACCACACCGUUACUGUACAGAAGCUCUGUCCUGUUACCUGGCUUCCGUCACCCAGACACACCGACGCACACUGGGCACAUGGAGACAUGUCCCUGUGCAGCCCUGCAGAUGGGAGACCAUCACCCCCCAUGUCCUUGGUUCACAGUGUGCUGCACAGUACUGGGGGGUAGACUUGGGGGAAGGGGCAGCUUAUUUUUCAGAGCUGAUAAAUAUGAUAAAUAAAAAGCUGUGUAACGACA